GCCAGGUUCACUCUCUUGUCCUCUUUAAAGAUCCAUUCAGGAAAACCCAAAAAGGCUGGAGAGAUGGCGGGAUGGAAUGAUGGAGCGAUGAAGGGAGGGAGAGCGAGGUUCACAGGAUUGAGUCGAGCUGCCCCUGUACAAUAGCGUUUCCCUCCCGGCUGCAAACACACAGCGUCUGCUGUACAGACACAUGCACACACUCCCCACCUGCGGCUGCUCCUCUGAUGACAGACACCAAACUCAGAACCUCCAGGAUGCAUCUGUUGUUCGUGCUUCCCUUGGUGCUCGAGGUCCAGUCCAUCUCCAAGAGCCACAACUUCACCUACGACUGCACCUGCCACCUGGAGCUCAAAAUCGCCAACUGCACCAGCAGCAAUUUCACCCACCUGCCCGCCGCCCUUCCACCCUUCACCGAACAACUGGACCUGUCCCUCAACCACCUGAGUGCCAUCCGGCCCCGAGCCUUCCACAGCACACGAAGACUUCGCAUCCUGCUCCUGAACGACAAUGUGAUUGCUGUGCUAGCUGACGGAGCGUUCUCUCUUCUGGAAGGACUGUUGAGGUUGGACCUGAGCCGAAACCGAAUCUCAUUCCUGAGUGAAGGAUUUUCGCAGGGUCUCGGUUCCCUUCGAGAUCUGUCACUGGCGGAGAACCGAUUGACCAGCUUGGACAGCAGUUUUUUCGUCCACUUUGACGCCCUCCAAAGACUCAACCUCAGACAUAAUGCUAUCGAGACCAUCAAGAUGAGGGCGUUUGUGUCCAUGAGUACCCUACGCCAGCUACAACUCAACUCUAACAAUUUAACGGUUCUCAAAAAUGGCAUCUUCUCCAUGCUACGAAACCUCGAAGUCUUGAAUUUACAUCACAACCAGAUACACUACUUGGACGUCGGCGUGCUUUCGCCAUUGACCAGUCUCGCUCUACUGGACCUCACCAACAACAACCUCUCCACGAUUCAGUUCAAGACCUUCCUGAGUCUCAACACGUACAGCACUCACAUAAUGCUCCAAGGAAACCCGUGGAAUUGCGACUGCGAUCUGCAGCGAGUCUUCCGGAAGCUCUGCAACGUCAAGCGGCUCUUCCUGGACGACUACGAUAACCUCACAUGCGUGAAUUUGGACGAAAGUCACAGGAACUACACGAUGAAAGAGGAGUUCUGCGUUGCAGAGAUGGUUACUGUCCUGGUCAUCACCAUCACGGUGGUCAUCACUGUUGUGGCUGCCAUCGUCAUGGCAGAGAAGAAAAGGAAAACAAAGAACAAAGAAAAGCAUUGGACGGAAGUCGGCGAGUUGUCGUGCGCAUCGCAAGACUGAACCAAUGCAGAUAAUGUAAAAAGGAACAUUAAACUUGCAUUAUACUUGUAUGAUAUUAUGCUUUAGGUUGUCAAAUUCAGGGCUUCUGCAAAUUUCAUGAAGGUACAUUUUUAAGACCAAGUUAAAAAAUUUAAGGAAUAAAUUGAAUGGAACACAAUACGUCGACAUAGUCCCUAAAUGUAAAUGUCUUGUAUUCGUAAUACUUCAAAGUUUGGAAAUACAAUUUCCAACAGACCUCCACUGCUUUUUAUUUCUAUUGUUUUUUUUC